AUGAAAUCUAUGAAAGGGGGAGAAGGAACAUUGUCUCAGAAGUUAUCAACAUUUUUGUUCAGUAUCGCAAUACCAAUUGUCACUAUAGGAAUCACCCCUUCAGAGCUGUUUCUGGGCAGAGUCCGGAAGAAGCAAGCACAGAGCACUUACUCUAGUGCGAAUAAAAAUUUUGAGGUAGGAGAUCCUGUCUGGGCAAAAGUCUAUGGGAAGAGUCAAGAUUGGGAGAAAGGUUUGGUAACCAAGAAGCAAGGAGGAGCAGAUUAUGAAGUCCUGGUUGAUAAACAGUUAUGGCAUCGCCAUGCUGACCAGCUGAAGAAGAGCAUGUUGAAGGAAAAGAUGCAAGUAGUUCCUGAACCUACAGCCGCAUCUGAAUCAGUAUUUUCAACCACAGGAUACACCAGUUCCACCAAGAAGACAUCCACCAAGAGAACGUAG